CGUUACCUUGUCUCCUUGCAUAUAUAAGGAGCUAAAAGCUUCUUUAUCUAUCCAUAUAUCUUGGCUAGAAAUAGGUUAUACUUAAUCCAUGGCUUUCUCUGUUUUCUCUUCCUUCAUCAUCCAUCCUCAGCUGUGGAAUCUCAUUUCCAAUAUGUCUCUCUUUGACUCCAUACUCUUCUCUGCUAUACAUUUUGUGGACAAGCUUGGAGUAUGGCAUAGGCUACCAGUGAUAUUGGGAAUCAUUUACUUGGCGAUCAGAAGACAUCUACACCAACGUUAUAAUCUAUUACAUGUUGGAGGAAUCAACGGUCUUAAAUAUGACACCAAGCAGUUUUCAUAUCGAACGGCUGAUGGGAAGUGCAACCAUCCCACCGAUGACACAAUUGGCAGUCAAGGAACAUUUUGUGGCCGGAAUAUGCCUCCGUCUUCUUCUCCUUAUGGGUUGCUGGAUCCUCAUCCAACAAUUGUAGCCAACAAGCUUUUGGCAAGAAAGAAGUUCAUAGACAACGGGAAGCAAUUCAACAUGAUAGCUUGCUCCUGGAUCCAAUUCAUGAUUCAUGACUGGAUUGAUCAUAUGGAGGAUACCCAACAGGUGGAAAUUAGAGCACCUAAUGAAUUUGCAAAUGGGUGUCCAUUGAAGUCCUUCAAAUUCUACAAAACAAAGAAAGUUGCCACAAAUUCACCUUCUUUAAAGGCUGGAUGCCUGAAUACAAGAACUCCUUGGUGGGAUGGAAGUGUAGUUUAUGGAAAUAAUGAGGAUGGAAUGAGAAGAGUGAGAACAUUCAAAGAUGGGAAGUUAAAGAUCGCAGCAGAUGGGCUCCUUGAACAUGAUGUGAAUGGGAUUCCAAUCUCAGGUGAUGUUAGGAAUUGCUGGGCAGGCUUCUCCCUAUUACAAGCCUUAUUUGUCAAAGAACAUAAUGCAGUAUGUGAUAUGCUUCAAGAAAAUCAUCCUGAUUUUGAUGAUGAGGAACUCUAUCGGCAUGCAAGAUUGGUGACUUCAGCUCUAAUUGCUAAAAUUCACACCAUUGAUUGGACUGUAGAACUUCUGAAAACUGAUACUCUUCUUGCAGGCAUGAGGAUCAACUGGUAUGGAUUUCUGGGGAAGAAAGUUAAGGAUUUGUUUGGACACAUUGGAGGACCUUUGCUUAGUGGAUUGGUUGGUCUUAAAAGGCCAAGAGAUCAUGGAGUUCCCUAUUCACUGACUGAAGAGUUUGCAAGUGUCUAUAGAAUGCAUUCUCUUUUACCUGAUACUCUCAUUAUAAGGGAUAUCAAUUCCACUUCUUCAGAAUUUGAAUGCCCUCCAGUAUUAGAAGAAGUGCCUAUGAGGGAAAUGGUGGGAAAGGAAGGGGAGAAAAGAUUAUCAAAAAUUGGAAUGGAGAAAAUGUUGGUAUCAAUGGGUCAUCAAGCAAGUGGAGCUGUCACAUUAUGGAACUAUCCUUCAUGGAUGAGAAAUCUUAUUGCUCAUGAUAUCAAUGGAGAAGAUAGACCAGAUCUGGUUGAUAUGGCUGCAAUGGAAAUCUACAGAGAUAGGGAGAGAGAAGUUGCAAGGUAUAAUGAAUUCAGAAGGAACUUAUUGAUGAUUCCUAUUAGCAAGUGGGAAGAUUUGACAGAUGAUGAAGAGGUUAUAGAAGCUCUUCAUCAAGUUUAUGGAAAUGAUGUUGAAAAGCUUGAUUUGCUUGUUGGUCUACAUGCUGAAAAGAAAAUUAAAGGCUUUGCCAUAAGUGAGACUGCAUUUUUUAUCUUCUUACUUGUUGCAUCAAGGAGACUAGAGGCGGAUCGUUUCUUCACUACAAAUUUCAACUCCAAAACUUAUACACAAAAAGGGUUAGAUUGGCUUAACAGUACAGAGACAAUGAAAGAUGUUAUUGAUCGCCAUUUCCCUGAAAUGACGAAGAAAUGGAUGAAAUGUUCAAGUGCAUUCGCAGUUUGGGAUUCAGAACCAGAUCAUAUGAACCACUUACCCUUGUAUUUGAGACCUGCCCCAUGAAAUGCUUAUCUCUUUGAUGGCUAUGGAAAGCUUUUUUUGCAGAAUAAUAUAGUUGUCUCAAUUGAAAGACUUGUUAAA